AUGGGCAUGGACCCGAAGUACUGCAAGGUGACGGUGCACCCAGCCGUCGUUAAGACGUCCCCGCCUCCGCUGAUGCGUCGACAAACCGUGGGCGGCGAAGGUCUGGGCUCAUUUCGGGCCGGAUCCUUCAACCGAGCGCCACCACCGGUACCGCCUUAUAAAGCGUACGCUGCCGCUGUCUUCGACAAUGUGGACGAGUUGCAGGAGGACGACGCGGCUGAUAUCGCCGUACUCAGCGAAGAAGACCCCAUACCGUCGUCGCGCCGCCGCGCACACACGACGUCGUCGAUGUCCACUUCAGUGCGCCUCUCGAAUAUUCUGAAUCCGCUGUCGCGCAUGACAAUGCGCUGGACAGAGCAGUCUAACGACGCAAGCUCAAACAAAGCGACGGACUCCUCCACGAGCAGUGCAUCCUCGACUCCCAACCUGAUGGAUACUCCUCCGCCGCUUACAACCCCGCCGCCGAUAAUGGACUUGGCCAACUCGUUCCUGGAUGUGGACACGGACGGCAGCGAUGAGAUCACGCGCCCCACCUUUGACGACUUGGCCAGUCUGAUGGCUGGAACCCCACCGAUUCCGGCCGGUCUUACGCUCGACAUGCUGCCGACGGAGUACGAGACGCCCCCGAUCCCAUCGCACCUACGCGACGUGCUGCUACAUAACCAAAACCAGCAAAAGAGCCUCUCACCACUAGCAUUUGAACACAGUGACGAUGAAGAGAGCGAGGCUGACGAUGACGACGCCAGCAGUGCCACCACAGACGACUAUGGGGAGGACCCAACCAACCACUCGGUGGACAUCGACAGUAUCCGUCAGACGCGCGAUCAGGCUGUGGCCAACUUUGAAGCCUCGCUGCGUGACCCCAAUCGCCGCAUGCCGCGUUUCCGCACCACUGACGUGCCCAAGAGAGUGGGUGGGUCAGCGCGCAACAUCCGCGGACUCAGCUCGCCACCGCGUAUGCUGAGCCAGGUCAUUCGUCCUCGCAAGGCUACCGUCCCCGAUGCAGCAGACGCCUCUACAGCUUCGGCAACGCAUCCACACAACAACGAAGCUCCUUCAGUGCCAAUGUACCACAGACAGGAGCUUCACUUGGCCUUCAAGACUACGACCGGCCAGAUCACCCAAGUGCAAGGCCAUCCCAAGCGACGUGGAGGUCACAAGAACCCCUUCUCGCGUCGUGUUCGCUGCUACGCUAUUCAACCGUACGAUUCGCUUGAGGACUGCGAUACGUUACGUAUCAUCGGUCACACCACUGACGGUCUGCUCCGAGGUGGAGAUUGCGUCUCGCUCGCACGUACCGACGGCACGGUGCUGCGCAUGCAGAAGAUGUCCAAGAAGUUGACGUUCAGCAACAAGAUCGACGUGCGAGCCAAGUUUAUUAUCACAGGUGUUCCCGACCGGACACCCGUGACGUCGACUUCCAAGUUCUACCUGCAAAGUGUGUACGACCGCAAGAAAACAGUGGGCUUCUUGCCUUCUCGACGCGACACUCACCCAGGCUGUCUCGCCAUGUAUGUCCACCGCAACGCGGAAGACAAGGUCGAGCCUAUCCAGUUCUUCAAGCGUCAUCCGGGCCAGAAUUUCGUCUUCUGGCACCAGCCACAGCAGUGGGUAUAAGUCUCACGGAGAAGUGCAUCGCGUACAGCACGAUCGAAGUGCCGGAUUGCGUAUUGCUCCACAGCGCAUUGAGCGGUUGUGCCACUGAAUG